AUGUUUCCAUCUCACUUAUCCGAUCGUGACGAACAUCAGCUUCGACGCAAAACUCCGAAUGGCACAAUAGAUGCCGGAUAUGAUGGCAACCCUGCCCAGCUCGCCUCCGGGCCUCCGCCUCUGAAACACAUGAUCUUACCUAUUUCUUCCAGCCUUAUAUCCGCAACCACCUACUCACAACAAGACCAUGCAAUGAAACAUCAUAUUAAGCCUGCGGUCGACAACUGGUCGUUUCAACCACCUCCGCUUUUCAAUAUUUCAGAUCAUGGUGGUCUUGCUGCUCCCGACUCGAAUUCGUUGGCCUUGGGAGGCGGCUGGCGACGCGGUUUCGGGAGCGACUCUCGCUCCCUUAUGGCCCUCGACUGUGUCCCUAAUGGACUUCCCACUGCCUAUUACCCUUAUAACAAUGGCGUUGAAGUGCCCACGGCACUGCAGCCUAUAUACCAGCAUUCUCCAUGUCCUACCAUAUUUGACAAUGGAGGAUUACUUCCGCCUUCAGCUUGGCCCGAGACAAACCUACCCAGUUACCAUCCUACCGCGCAUCCAGGGGCCCUAAACUACCAAGGUUUGAACCACCAGUUUAUGCCCCAUCUUCGGUCAUCCAAUACCCCAAUACCGUCAAGAGCACCAUUCAAUGCUUUGUCCCGUUAUGAAGAAGGUCAUGUAGGUCUACAGACACCAUCGCAAGGACUUGAGUCUCUUACGCUUGAGCCUGGUCAAUAUCGUAGACCUGGACUCGGGGUGAGUGAAAACUCUGCACCUACAAGAUUUAGGGAAAAGGCACUCGCGAGUGCUCAUCGAUCUUAUAUCGAACUCCUAGCAUAUCUUCAUCGCAGCAAGAAGUCGCAUAAUCGUUCUUCCCAGGAAUCUAGGUCUUCGAAAAUGGUCAUAUUUCCGAAACUUCCAAGACCGUCGAGUCAUCCCAGCUGUGCCCUUCCCCCGCGACCAUCUCAAGAUACGCAUGUCUAUAGGGAUCUUAAUGGUGGUAACAGCCAUGUAGUUAACCCUCGGGUUGACGCGUCGUCAGAUUUAUUUAGACAGCAUAUGAUGAAACAGCAAUUCCAUAGCGGUGAAACACCCCACUCAGCUUUUUACCAUCUAUUCAAUACCGAGAACUCGGGUGGUUUUGGUGCUGAGUCGGAACGUGGAAGAGGGCCUGCUACGCCUUUUACCAGUGCUAAGGCCGCUGUCGAGAUGUUGACACAUUUAUGCGAACAGAGUGGCUGGAAGUGGGUUGACGGGAUGCUGCUUGGAGGCUGCUUACACUAUGGCCUCGAGCAUUACGAGCAAUCCUUAGAAUGGUUUCAGAGAAUCAUUUCCGUGGAUGAAACCCAUGUUGAAGCGAUCUCAAACGUAGCAGCUACUCUAUACUGUCUUAAUCGACACGAAGAGGCCGAACACCAUUGGCUACGAGCUGUCCGCUUACGACCGAGUUAUUUAGAGGCUGUCGAACAUCUCGUGGGGCUCCUUUGCUCUAGCCAUAGAAGUAAGGAGGCUGUAGAUAUAAUUGACUUUAUCCAGCAAUCCAUUCGCCUUCCCGAGGGGCGGAUUGAUUGUGACACAACUCCUAGUGCGAUGAACGGGGUUAGCAGUCUUGCAUACGGUGCGUCUGAGCCGCACAUACACCCUCGUUGCGGGCCAAUGAGUGGUACUGAUGGCGCAGAAGAAUCGAGGCUGCCUGGUUUUGGGUCAAGUGGUUAUUGUGUUGCCGGAAACGAGAACGGCCGCGUCAUUGCAUUAAUUCACGCGAAGGGCAACAUGUUAUACGCCUUAAAAGACAUUGACAGGGCAUCUGAAGCAUUCGAGGAGGCUGUGCUUAUUAGUACUGGAAGGAAGCUCAAGUGCAUCCACGCCCUAAUCCGCAGGAUACAGUCAGUUCUGUCUCCCGUAGAUCCUUACGGAAUGGACGGACAAAGUAGCUCUCCUACCGGGCCCUUGUUGCUACCUCCUGAGAGAGCAAGACGCACCGCUCAGUUGGUUUUUGCUACCCACGGCGAUCUUCCAGGACUACGUUUUGUGACAGACGGCGGACCGAAGAGGUCAGCAAUCUCUACCACCAGCAACUCGUUGUUGUCCUUAGCCAAGAUAUUUCAAGAUGCCAUGUCAAACGGAGGCUCGUUCCCGAGGCUUUUGCGCCAGCCUUCUGGCAUCGGCGAUAUUCUAGCGCUUUAUUAUUUGUCGCUAUCGCUUUCCGAAAGUCCUUCGACAGCCAACAAUGUAGGCAUUCUGCUGGCCAGCGUUCAGCACACUAGUUGCGCUCCGCAGUCCCAAAUGCUAGAGAGUGCGAAUGUACCGCAGAUACCUGGAAUUGCUCCCGGCAGUGGCCUUGCCCUAGCCCUUGCGUAUUACAACUACGGUCUAACUCUGGACCCGAAGCAUGUCCAUCUUCAUACGAACCUUGGAAGCUUGCUUAAAGACAUCGGCCAGCUUGACCUGGCGAUACACAUGUAUGAGCAAGCUGUUGCAUGCGACGGCACUUUCGACAUUGCCCUAACGAACCUAGCCAACGCAGUCAAGGAUCGCGGGCGAAUUAGCGAUGCGAUCAUGUACUAUAGGCGAGCCGUUAAUUCCAAUCCCGAAUUCGCGGAAGCGGUUUGCGGCCUUUCCACAGCUCUUAACUCCGUGUGCGAUUGGAGUGGCAGAGGCGGUGUAUUACUGUAUGGCGGAACAUACGAUCGCUGGCACGUUGACGAUCAAGGAAUGAUUCGAGAUGUCAAAAACGAAGGUGUCGGCAGCGGCUUAAUGAAGAGGGUCGUUGACAUUGUUUCCAAACAGCUGGCAGACUCGUAUCAUUGGGGCACUGGUAUCUUGCGAAAUGGAACCUUAGAGCUACUGAGCUCCCAGCUUAAUCUAUUAACGGCGGGUGAGAUUAGAGGGCUCGAUGUCGAGAACGAACUUCGUAAGUGGGCUGGUCAUCCGUGGGAAGGCUCUAGAAUCCUCCGGCUUGUGGAACGAUCGAUGAAAGCUACUACGCGACGCUGGUAUCUGGAUAAGUACGUCCACAGUCGGCCUAUACAGCUAACAUACCCUCGACUCAAGUUGCCAGCAUCUCUUGCCGUGCCAGCAGCACCAACUGUUCUGCCCUUCCAUACUUUCACAUGCCCGUUGACAGCCAACGAUAUACGAAUGAUCUCUCAGCGGAACGCAGCCAGGAUAUCAUGCUCGACCCUGAAGUCUGCAUGGCUUCCCGCUUCCGUAUACGUACCGCCGCCACCGCCUAGCCCGCAUUUAAAUAUCGGGUAUGUGUCUUCGGAUUUUAAUAAUCACCCGCUCGCGCAUUUGAUGCAAUCGGUUUUUGGAUUUCACAACCCAUCGCGCGCCAAGGCCUUCUGCUAUGCUACCACUGCUAGCGACAAAUCUGUCCACCGGCAACAGAUCGAACGCGAAGCUCCCGUGUUUCGCGACGUAAGUAAUUGGUCUUCGGAAAGGCUUGUGGAACAAAUUGUCAGGGACGAGAUCCAUAUUCUUGUCAAUCUGAAUGGAUACACGAGGGGUGCCAGAAACGAGAUAUUUGCCGCUCGACCCGCACCGAUACAGAUGUCCUUUAUGGGGUUCGCCGGUACUCUUGGAGCCGAAUGGUGUGAUUAUAUCUUGGCCGACGAGACCGCCAUCCCGCCAUCUACACUGCGGCCUAUGAGAAAUAACACCAGCCUUGAAGAUGUUUUUCGGGACGGCGAGUUCGGCGAAGGCGGCGACUGGAUGUAUUCCGAAAAUAUCGUUUUCUGCCGCGACACCUUCUUCUGUUGCGAUCAUGCUCAAUCAUGUGAUCCAAUCGAGAGGACCAUGACGUGGGCGGAUGAGCAACGGCGAAGGUGGAGGAUGCGCAAAGAACUUUUCCCAAACCUUCCAGAAGACACUAUUAUACUUGGCAAUUUCAACCAAUUAUACAAGAUUGACCCAUCCACAUUUCGCAUGUGGUUACGCAUUCUUUCCAAUGUACCUAAGGCUAUACUCUGGCUGCUUAGGUUCCCCGAACUCGGUGAAAAUAACUUGAAGAAAACAGCUAAGGUCUGGGCUGGCGAGGACGUGGCACGCCGGAUCAUCUUCACGGAUGUGGCGCCAAAACAGCAGCACAUUUCACGAGCGCGUAUCUGCGAUCUUUUUUUAGAUACGCCGGAGUGCAACGCGCACACGACUGCGGCAGACGUCCUAUGGUCUAGCACCCCGCUGUUGACUCUGCCUAGGUAUCCGUAUAAGAUGUGCUCCCGCAUGGCAGCGUCAAUCCUCAAGGGGGCCUUACCGAAGACACCGUGUGGAGACGAAGUUGCCCGGGAACUCAUCGCUUCCGACGACGACGACUAUGAAGCCCUAGCAACUAAGCUUGCAGGGAGCUUAAGUUACCGGAACGUUGACGGCCGAUAUUGCGAAGGGCACGGGCGAUUAGCGGAUAUGCGGAGGAUUCUUUUCGAGGCCAAGUGGACUUGUGCACUUUUCGAUACACACAGAUGGGUUGCCGAUCUCGAGAGAGCAUAUGGGGAAGCGUGGCGGCGUUGGGUGGCCGGAGAAGGCGGCGACAUUUACCUAUAG